GGCGAAGAGAGCGUUUCUCAUCAAAACCCGAGCGCAGAGACCCACACCAGUCCGGCAUUCCAUUCCCUCCCCAUCCCCAAAUUACCCCGGCGCGCCUCCGAGUCCGACCUCGCCGGCGUCCCCGCCGCCUCCGCCGUCGGUCGCCGCCGACAGGCGCGUCGAUCGACCGGCGGGACUGACCGCCGCGAGGUGAGGUGAUGUUCCACGCCGCGCGGCCACCGAGACCGACGGGCGUGUCCGCGGAGCGCGGCUUCCCGCAGCUCUGCGGCGGACGCAUGGCCGCGCUUCCUCGACCUUCGCCGCAUCCACUUUCUCCUCCUCUCGCCGCGGGCGGGACCGUCGUGCGGGUGCGCGGCGAGGCGGAGGUGGCCCGUGGGCGACGCCAAGGGGGCGGUGACGGAGCGGAGCGCCAGGAGGUGGCGGUUGCGGCGGGAGGGGAUAAUGUCGCGGUAUCCGGCGGUUUGGUUGGGGACAGCGCGGCGGGGGUUUCUGGCCUGGUGGCUCUGGAGGAGAGGGGAUGCGGAGGCGGUAAACUACAGAGGAAGAGGGGUUUGGAGUUCCCCGCGCGUCCGCCGCCCAAGCGGAGGGCCGUCUCCGCCGUGCGACACUUUCCACCUGGCUGCGGGAGGGACGCGCCGCCUCUGAUCGUGGGCGGCGACGACGACGGUUUGCCGGUUGGAACUGCACCUUCCAGUGGUGCUCGUCCCGCGGGCAGCAGUGCCAGAGAGGAGGGUGGCUUGUCGCUGCAAACUGCGCCUGCCAAUGCUGAUGUGCCUGUGCCGGAGAAGCUGACGGCUUCUGAUAGUGGCGCUCCAGUGUCAGAUGGGGAUCAUCGUGGUCCAGAGGCCGCGGAGGUGAAAUCUUCGGAUAGCACAGAAAGAGGUGCUGAUUUGGUGGUGAAAGGCAGGGGAAGGACACGGCCAAUCUCGCGAUUGCUAGCGAAGCGGAGGAUGAUAUCUGCCAACCGCCGCUUCCCUCCAGGCUGCGGGAUGGACGUGGUGGUGCUUCCACUUGCUAGCAGAGGAGGUGAUGAGGUUGGUUUGCAGCUUGAAGCCCUGCCUCCUGGUGGUGGUUUGGGUGCAUUGGAGGACGGCCGGUGUUCCAAUGUGUGUGCCACUGCCAUGGGCACUACAGAAGCGGUCGGCAAGAAUGCUUUGGAUGCAAUAGUAAAUGUACAGGAACUGGAGGAGGGUGAGAUUCCUCCUGAGCCUUAUCAGGUCCUCCAAGAGUUUCCAGUUACUCACAGCAAUAUCAUGCCUGAGCUUACGGCUGAUGGACUUGAUGAAAAAAUCUCAGUGAACAUGCUGCAGCGCAAGGGGGAGAGUGUAUCAUGGGAAGUUGCUGAAGAUCUCAAGGUGAUGAACGAAUGCGAAGGCAGUUCACCCAAGGCUGCUAGUAAACUUUCUGCUGAAGCUCCUCUGAAAGAAUAUCUUGGGGAUACUACAGAAGCGGUCCGCAAGAAUGCUUUGGAUGUAAUAGUAGAGGUACAGGAAUUGGAGGAAGGUGAGCUUCCUACGGAGCCUGACCAUGUCCUCCAAGAGAACCCAGUUACUCACAAUAAUAGCCUGCAUGAGCUUACAGCUGGUACCCUUGAGUGUGUUGUGCCGUCAAUGGUUGAUGCGGAACCUCCCUUGAGGCAUUUUUCUAAUGAGAAGAUCCCUGUGAACAUGUUGGAGCACAAGGGGGAGAGUGUAUCAUGGGAAGUUGCUGAAGAUCUCAAGGUGAUGAAAAAAUGCAAAGGCAAUUCACCCAAGGCUGCUAGUAAACCUCCUCCUGAAGAUCCUCUGAAAGAAUAUCUUGGGGAUAAGAAAGUGUCUGAAAGUUGUAGCAUGAAAAGUGCACCUCUUGAUGUGGAAGCAGGGGUACACGGCGACGGUAUCAUGAGACGUAUGGUAACAUUCACAGCUAGAAAUUAUCCUGAAGAAGGCAAUUCACCCAAGGGUGCUAGUAAACCUUCUCCUGAAGAUCCUCUGAAAGAAUAUCUUGUGGAUAAGAAAGUGUCUGAAAGUAGUGCACCUCUUGAUGUGGCAGCGGGGGUACAUGGUGACGGUAUCAUGAGACGUGUGGUAUCAUUCACAGCUAGAAAAACAUCUCGGUUACCUGUUGAAGCAAAUCAUAAGUCUGCGCUGGUUAAUCUGGAUAGACCGUGUUCUAUGGGCAAGGAGAAGGAGUCCGUUGCCACUAUGAGCGAAUCCUUUGCUCCCACGAAGAAGUUAAAGAUAAAAGGUCCAUCUCAAAGUAAAUAUCUUCCCAUGAAUACCAUUUCUACAUCUGUAUUGCAUAGCAAGGAAAAAUUGAAGCAUGAAGAGGCUUCCCACUUGGAAGAUGAUGAAGUUUUGAAUGCAAUAGCUGUUGAAGCAAAUCAUAAGUCCCCGCUGGUUAAUCUCGAUAGACCAUGUUCUAUGGGCAAUGUGAAGGAGUCUGUUGUCACUAUGAGCGAAUCCUUUGCUCCCAGGAAGAAGUUAAAGAUAAAAGGUCCAGCUCAAAGUAAAUAUCUUCCCAUGAAUACCAUUUCUAGCAAGGAAAAUUUGAAGCAUGAAGAGGCUUCCCACUUGGAAGAUGAUGAAGUUUUGAAUGCAAUAGCUGUUCAUGAAGGAAAGCUUGAGAUGUACCUCAAUGAUCCCUCAUGGCGUCACAUGCAACAUGGUGGUCAGACCGCUGAUGCUCGGAGCAAAGUCAGGAUGAUUUGCAGAAGGUUUCAGUUUAUAUGCAGGACUAUCGUUCAAGCUGUGGAACAAGGUUCGCUGAAGAGCCGUAGAGUUGAUCUUGCCGCUGAUAAACUAAUCAGAAAAUUACCAGGCUUUACCAAACAGGGGCCUAUUGUAGGUAAAGUUCCUGGUGUUGAAAUUGGUGAUGAAUUUUUAUACAGAGUAGAGUUGGCCAUUGUUGGUCUUCACCGCCCGUACCAAGGAGGCAUUGACACCACAAAGGAUAUUAAUGGUAUGCUUAUUGCCAUAAGCAUUGUUGCGUCUGGAGGUUACCCUGACGACUUGUCGAGCUCAGGUGAAAUAAUAUACACUGGCUCUGGAGGAAAGCCUGCUGGCAAAAAGGAGAAUGAGGAUCAAAAGCUUGUGCGCGGGAACCUUGCCCUGAAGAAUUGUAUCAAAACAAAGACGCCUGUCCGAGUAAUUCAUGGUUUUAAAGGUCCAAAUAGAGAGGAAGGUAGUCAUUCAAAGGCCAAAGAAGUCUCAAUAUUUACUUAUGAUGGGCUCUAUCAUGUGGUGCAGUGCUGGCAAGAAGGUCUAGCAGGUUCAAGGGUCUUCAAAUACAGGUUGCAAAGGAUUUCUGGACAACCAGAGUUACCUCUGCAUGUUGCUAAAGUGUUGAGAAAGUCUGUAGCGCGUCCUGGCCUGUGCAUAGCAGAUAUAUCGCAAGGGAAGGAGAAGAUCCCCAUCUGUGUGGUCAAUAAUAUUGAUGCUGCACGUCCAGCAUCAUUUAAAUACAUUACUAGAAUCAAAGGUUCAUCCUUAACUGCAAAAAGAAGUCAUCAGGGUUGUGACUGCACCAAUGGCUGCUCAGAUUCUGCUAGCUGUGCUUGUGUUGUGAAGAAUGGAGGAGAAUUCCCAUUUAACUUCAAUGGUGCAGUUGUCCAUGCAAAGCCCCUCAUAUAUGAGUGUGGUCCAUCCUGUAGGUGCCCUCCUUCAUGCCAUAGCAGGGUCAGCCAGCAUGGUAUGAAAAUACCACUGGAAGUAUUCAGAACAACCAAGACAGGUUGGGGUGUAAGAUCCUUAAGGUCCAUCUCUGCUGGCAGCUUUAUAUGUGAGUAUGUUGGUGAGCUGUUGCAUAGCGACGAAGCUAACCAGAGAAUGAAUGACGAAUACUUGUUCGACAUAGGACAUAACUAUGAUAUCUGGAAAGGGAUGCCAUCAGUUGUUCCAGGUCUGAGUUCUUCUGGCCCUCGCUCUGUGACCAUGGACGAUGAUAGGGCCUUCACAAUAGAUGCAGCUGAGUAUGGUAAUAUUGGAAGAUUCAUCAACCAUAGCUGUUCACCAAACCUCUACGCACAGAAUAUUCUUUGGGACCAUGACGACAAAAGAGUGCCGCAUAUCAUGUUCUUUGCUGCUGAGAAUAUUUCACCUCUACAGGAGCUGACUUAUGACUAUAAUUACGAAAUAGAUCAUGUUCGUGACAUGAAUGGCGAAGUAAAAGUCAAAUACUGCCAUUGUGGUUCUCCACAGUGCCGCGACAGGCUUUAUUAAGGCGUAGAAGGCUUUUUCUUCUUCUUUUUACAUCGGCAUGGAAGGCUGUUUUUUUUUACAGGCAUGGAAGGCUGUUAAUACUAGGGUGGUUUCUUUCCAAGAAAAUCCUUUGGAAUGCUGUUGUCUCCUCUUUCAACCUUGCCAUUGGCAUCCUAGUAAAUAAUAGGAGUAUGUAGAUAGUGUGAAGUGUUCAUAUGGGCAAAGACUAAAGAGGUUGUGAUUCUGUUA